AUGUUGUUUCUGCUGCAAAGGAUAUGUGUGGUGUGGAUGUGCAAUGUUGUUAUACGCGUUUGUUCACAAAGUCUUCAAGAUCUCAAGCCUGGUAAGCAAUUUGGGGUUUGUUUUUGAUUGUGGUUCUUCUCGAUGUGGCUAUAAUGAUCAAUUUUGCAAAGCGCAAGCUAGAAGCUUUGCAUAAGCUCUUGAAAAAAAUUAUGCAGAGUUGUACCAAGAAUGGUUGGUUCCAGCGGAAGAUGUACUAGAUUUUAGGGCAAAAAUUGGUCGAAAUUUAAAAUUCAAUCUCCAAAAGUUGAUAACUAAUCCAGUAGUUGUCCGAUUUGGACAGUUCUUGGAUGUAACAGUAGUAGGACUCCUAUACUUUAACCAGAGAUUGCCACGGCUCCGGAGCCAGCUCUUGGCUCCGGCUCUGAGCGGUUCCGUCUCCUAGCCGGGAGCCAGAGCCGGAGCUUUUUGGUCUUGCCGCGAUACAAUUAAUUUCCUUGGCUGCUACGCCAUUUUUCGAUACGAGAUUGCCCAUUAUUUUCUCGACAGACCGAUAUGCCCAACUCUUUAAAAAUAACAAAGCUUAUGCUUUACUGCCCUUAAUUUUCAGUAAUCGAAGUCCCCGACGACGUCAACCGCAAAGGCUACACAUUGGACACCGCCCAUCUGGACCUUCUUUACAAACGGACCGCCUUGACCGCGUUGCUGAAGGCGCGCGCCAAACAAGAGCUUCAGCAUCUCUCACACACCGAAAAGGUGAUCUAUCAGCAAUGCGAGUCCACGGCCGCUACACCCGUGCAAUUGGCCAAGUGUGUGCGGAAGUUGAUUCGAGAUGGGAGCCGGCAGAAGGCGGAGUACUCGGACAAGUCCACGGAGAAUUGGAUGAACAAGCUUUUGAGCGUAAAUACGGAGACGUUGUUUCCGAAUCAAGAGGAGACACCGAGGAAAGAGAGCCCGAAAGUGUUUUCUCGACCAAUCAGCGCCAAAAAGGCGAGGCAGGUGAAUCAGCAUCGGCUGCGGAUCAAGUUCCGGCAAGCGCGGAAGAUACAGUACGCCAAGCAGGAGGUCGACUUGAAAGCGAGGCCCUAUCGCCACAAACGCGCGAUAAAUGCUAGAAUCAUUAGUAAACGUAAGCCAUUUACAAUUAUUUUUGAUAUACGACACGAAACUCACUUUAUAACGGUAAUGCAAAACGUAUAUACUUCAGCACCCACCUCCCCUCGCUGCAAGACCCCAACGAACAUUUUGAACCUGCGGAGGGUUGAGAAGUACUUUGAACUUGGCAAUUACUGUAUGAAAUACUUGAAGAGCAUUGGGGCGAGCAAUUCGGAGUGAGUUUUUUUGGACUGUAGUGUAUGAGCGACUAUAUCAGUCUGUCGGGAAAACAAUGACCAUACUGUCGCUGAAUUGAAAAGCAACUUGAUUUUUUCGCGACACAAUUCAUUUUCUUGGCGUCGAUGCGAUUUUCGAUGCGACAGAGUGCUCAGUAUUUUCCCGACAGGCUCAAAAGUUAUGUUAUUCUGUCGGGAAAAUAAUGUGGAUUGAAAAAUAAUGUGGAUUUGAGGACAAUAGAAUUGUGGCAUGCGCGGCUAGCCGUCCUAAAUUGAUGGGCCUGAAAUUCAAGGGUCGACAACUACACAUUAUUUUCCCGACAGACUGUUUCACUUUAUCGGGAAAAUAAUGAUCACAAUGUCGCUACGCCGAUCGCGUCGUUGAAUUGAAAAGAAAUUUGAUUUUGUCACGAUAAAAUUUUUAUUUUCUCGGCGGCGGUGCGAUUUUCGAUGCUCAUUAUUUUUCCGACACACUGAGGUUAUAUAUUUUCAUCAUAGUAGACAAUAAGACACAAAUAUUUUUCAGUUUCCUCGAAAAGUUCAUGCCGGUCUCCUUCCGCGAGCACGCUGCCUCCAAAAAUACUCCAGCCGGAGAGCUGAAGUCGGUCGUUGAGCAGCUGGACACUCAAAGCAUUUCGUUUUUAUCACCAAAAAUACUAAAUGUGUUGCCGGUGAAGGACGAUGAGAAUUCGACUAAAUUUAUGUCCCCAAACUUGUUGAGCUUCCAUGACGAGGGGUUGCUGCCUUUGCCGAGACUGUUGAAAGUAAGUUGUGAUUUUAAUUGCAAUCAUGAGCAGUUGUAAUGAUAUUUUUCUUCGCUUUUAAAGAAAAUUUAAGCGCUGAAGUGGGCUAAUAAAAAUCAUGUUUUAGCUCGGGAAUUCGGACGAAUGCGAGACACAAGAGUGGAUCGACCUCUUAAUGGACGUGAGUGGCGCUAGCAACAAGCUCAACGAGCUCUUGGACAAGUUUGACGGCCACAUGCAACACGUCUCGACGGAUCUGUUCCCCAAAAUCAAAGAAUUGGAACAUCAAGACAAGCAAUGGAGACUCCUGAAAGAGUCGAUAAAUGACGACCAAAAAAGGCAAAUUGAGCGCUUCGGCUAUGCCAAAAUGUCGGCCAAACAAAUGCGGCUGGCCUAUCGAGAGGAUGGACUGCAUCCACCCACCGAAUUCACGGAGGCAAUGUAUGAGCGAAUGGUGAACGGACAAGACGAUGAGCUGCUUGAUCAAUUGGUCCUGGAGAUGAGUGAGAUGCCGGCGUUUUCGGAUCCCAACUUGUUGAAGAACAGCUCGAGGGCGAAGAGAGAUGCACCAGGUAAGCCAGGGAGAAAAGGAGGUUCGAAGUUGGUGUUCAAAAAGUAUCAGAAAACAUGAAAAAAUAUUUUUUCCAGAUAUUUUCAAUUAUGCUGUCGGGAAAAUAAUGAGUACAAUGCCGCGGCGCCCACGCCGAACUGAAAAGCAAUUUGAUUUUGUCGCGAGCAAAUUCAUUUUCUCGGCGGCAAUGCGAUUUUCGAUGCGACAGAGCGAUCAUUAUUUUUCCGACAGAUUGACAUAAGGUCAAAAAAAUGUAAAAUACGCCGAAUUCUCUACAAUUUUUUUUAGAUGUCAAAAGCUGAGGUUGAUUGCAGAAAAGUUUAGAAACCCCCAUAUUCCCCAUUUUCCAAUUUAUAAACAGGUUUUUUUCGGUUUGGGAUACCUUUUGAAGUAAAAAAUUGGCAUUUCUGUUACUUCUUCCUUCUUCGGCUAUCAAAAAGAUCAUUAAAUAUAAGACUCUAAAGCAGGGCCUAAUUUAAUAUCUUUCAUAUCUAAAUCUCCCUUUUAGCUGCCGAAGCCGUCGGUCUCAUGGCUCCGUACGCCUUGAGCAAUCAAGUGGGCCUUCCGUCUUUCCUCGGCAACCUCAUCUUGUCGCCUCAUGCCUUCAUCAACGAGCUCUUCAAUCCCCGCUUCCUCGGCUCCGAUAUUAUCUCUCCCCGUGCUUUCGUCGCCACAACGUUGUCCCCAUUCGCUAUGGUGGCCCGAGUGCUGGCGCCAGCCGCAUUUCGUGUCCAAACCUUAUCGCCUCAGGCAUUAACCGCGAUUGUGUUGACUCCGGAAGCAUUUAUCGCCGCAAUUUUAUCGCCGAGAGCCUUGGAGGUUCGCGUUUUGUCGCCGGAGGUGAUCACUGUGGGAGUGUUGAGUCCGAGUGAGUUUUGAAGGCUCCGUGAAACACAAGAGACAUCAGAAAUGCGCAGACAGCGACGCUGAGCUUUAAAAAAACUUGGAAAAAUUUAGUCGCUAUUCCCUUUCUCCGCUCUGCGCUCUUUAUGAAAAUUAAUUCCCGGAAAAUAAGAAAAAAACGGCUUUUUACUUCAGCGACACAUCGGUGAUUUUCUGUGCUCAUUAUUUUCCCGGCAGACUGAUAAAAAAAUUUUUCUGGGUCUUACGUCUCUCUACUUUUAGGUGCCGGAGUUGUACGAGUCCUAUCACCGGCAGACUUCAGUUGCUUCGUUUUGAGUCCGAAUAUCCUUGGAGCCAACUUUUUGAGUCAUGCCAAAAUGAACAUUGAGGUAAGUGCAGAAACGAUUGGCCUUUCAGGACGUCUGUAGCGAUAAACCCAGCCUUUUUCGAAUAAAAUACCAACUAGUUCGUUUCAUUUUUGGCCAGAAAACGGAACUUUUUUGCUGGAGUUUUUUAUCCUUCUUGGAUCCAAGACUUAGCCUUUUUACAGUGGCGGUCCUAAUCCAGUAGCAAAAAAAGUGCCAUUUUGCAUCCGGGAAGUAUCAAAAAUGUGGCAAAAUGCUUCCCUCUCCAAAUAGAAAACUUCGUUUUGAAGGGCGAGUCCCUUUUUCCUCAUAAAAAGAGCGGGCGCGCUUUUGAAAUCUGAGUUUUUCACUUGGAGAUGGAGGUAUUUUGCCACAUUUUUUGAUGCUUCCUGGAGGCAAAAUGGUACGUUUUUUCCACUGGAUCAGGUCCCCCACUGUAGUGGCCGAAAAAGUCCGCUACUGACAGUCGAGAUACAUAUUUUAUCAUCAUUUUUAGGUCCUAUCCCCAAGCAUUUUGGUAGCCGACGAUGGAAUCGGAUAA